AUGAAUACCAUAAUAAUAAGAGCGUUGAAUUCUGCUUCGUCGACAGCGCUGACGGCUUCGGCAACAGCUUCGUCUACAACCUCGGCAUCCAAAGAUACUGAAAAUAGUACACUAUUUAAAACAAUUGGUAUAAUUCUUGCCUUAUCUAGUGGCGUUUUCAUCGGAUCGUCCUUUGUAUUUAAGAAGAAAGGACUUCUUCAAGCACAAGGCAAGGUCGCUGGCCAGGGACAUGCCUAUCUCUCAAAUGGAUUGUGGUGGGUUGGGAUGAUACUUAUGAUUAUCGGUGAAAUAUGUAACUUUGUAGCCUACGCGUUCACACAAGCGAUCUUGGUCACUCCUUUAGGAGCCCUUAGCGUGGUCAUAAGUGCCAUCCUGUCGUCUAUUUUCCUUAAGGAAACGUUAAACUUCCAAGGCAAAGUUGGAUGUGCUCUAUGCAUCAUAGGCGCUAUUAUUAUCGUGAUGCAUGCUCCGAGUCAUCAAACUGCGUCAACCAUUGAAGAGUUCAGAGAAUUGUUCUUCCAUCCUAUUUUCUUGGGAUAUGCUAUAUUUUGUAUAGUGGCCUCCGCAUUUAUCAUAUGGAAGCUUGCUCCAAAAUAUGGUUCAACAAAUAUGCUUGUUUACAUUGGUGUUUGCUCGCUAAUCGGGUCUCUGUCCGUGGUGUCAACUCAAGGGUUAGGCACUGCGAUCCUCACAACAAUCACCGACCCAUCUCAAAAUCAGCUCAAGGAAUGGUUCUUCUAUGUGCUCCUUGGUUUCGUGGUUGUUACCUUGUUGACCGAGAUCAAUUUCCUAAACAAGGCUUUAAACAUUUUCAACACUGCGAUGGUGACACCUUUGUACUAUGUCAUCUUCACUGGUUUGACCAUAUUAAGUUCGGCUAUUCUGUCUCAAGGUUUUGAUGCUCAACCGAUUAGUAUUGUGACUGUGGUUAUGGGUUUCCUGGUGAUAUGCAAUGGCAUCAUUUUAUUGUUCACUUCGAAAGGUGCAACCAUAGACAUAAGAAAUUCCAUCUAUUCCAUGCCACCUGAAGAUAUUGACCCUAAUGAUAUUGACAACAAUCCUGGUGCAAUGGAACUUCGUGGAAGCUUUGGAAGUGUUCGUAGAUUCUCGGGUCAUGGACGCACUCAUCCCUCCUUUAAUAAUACGUUCCCUUCGCAUAAAGACAAUGGCAAUAAUGGUAAAGACGGAAAUCGACCGCACAAAAGAAGUCAAAGUUUGAGCGCCAAUCAUAGAGUUUCGACUGGUUUACCUACCAUAAACGAGUCAGCUCUGACUCUUAAUACCAUGAACCCACAUCCGGACGUAGAUACAACGCAGACCGAAAUCAAUAUAGCGAUGGAAGAGUCAUUCCCAUCACUGGCUCGGAAUUCAUUUGUUCAUUUUCUACCAUCGCAUCCACCACCACCACCAUCAUCAGAUGAUGGUAACACCUUGCCAACACAUCGUAAAGCGCCAAUUAUUCACACCACAUCACCAUCAAUUUCUUCCACCAAUUUGAAUAUAGAUUCGCAAUUGCCACAUAACGGAAACAAAAUUCCGAGUCUUCCACCAGUAUCCCCUCUUCAAAACAUCUUUCGAGGUUUGUCACCUACCGAACCAGAUCAUCAUGUCACCAGCGAGUCGUACAGUGGUACGACACCGCAUGUAGGUAGAAGCAUCAGUAACUCGAGUAGGAGAUCACAACAAUCAGUAGGUUUAGUCGAUAGAAUAAAGUUAGGCAUUAGUUCUCCCGUUGGCGAACAAGAAGAGAACGAUUUUGAAUCCUUGGUUGGCAAUGAUCCGAAUAGCGAAGGAGCAGGAAAUGUCAUAUGA